GGGCCCCGCGGGGCAGCUGGGAGGCCGCUGGAGGGGGCGGCCCGGGCCGCCGUGGCCUUGGGGCUGUAGGGGCGGGGGGUUGGAGUCGCCGGGGAGCCCGCGAGUCCCGCCGCCGCCCCCUCCUCGUUCUCUGGCUGCUGGGAAGGGGGGCAGGCUCGGCGAGCCUCUCCCCUCCCCCGCUUUCCGGCCACCAUCGGCUCCGCCGCCGCCCCGCUGGCCCUCCAGCCGGCUCCCGCUCCUGCUCCCGCCCCGGGCUCGGCGGCCCUGGCUGGAGGAGGAGCCGGAGGAGGAGGACGCCGCUCCCGGCCGGAGCCGCCGGAGAUGGCCGGGGGAAACGGCAGCGGCUUCGCCUCAGCGGCUGCGGCGGCCGGCAGCGGCGAGAUCGUCCAGCUCAACGUCGGGGGGACCAGAUUCAGUACCUCAAGACAAACACUUAUGUGGAUUCCAGAUUCCUUUUUUUCCAGUUUGCUGAGUGGGAGAAUUUCAACCCUUAGAGAUGAAACUGGUGCUAUAUUUAUUGAUAGAGAUCCAGCAGCAUUUGCACCCAUUUUAAACUUUCUUCGAACUAAAGAGCUUGACUUACGGGGAGUGAGUAUUAAUGUUCUCAGACAUGAAGCUGAAUUUUAUGGAAUUACUCCAUUAGUAAGAAGACUUCUCUUAUGUGAAGAACUGGAGCGCUCAUCAUGUGGCAGUGUCCUUUUUCAUGGCUACUUGCCUCCACCAGGUAUUCCUAGUCGCAAAAUAAACAAUACUCCUGGACCCUCUGCUGAUUCUAGAAUAGGACAGAAUUCUUCAGAAGGUCAGUCAACCCGGGGAAAUGGUGCCCAGCCCAUUCUCUCUAGAACUGGAGAAGAGGCAGUUAGACUGGGAUUUCCUGUGGAUCCACGAAAGGUGCUGAUAGUAGCUGGCCAUCAUAACUGGAUUGUAGCUGCAUAUGCCCAUUUUGCUGUUUGUUAUAGAAUUAAAGAAUCUUCUGGAUGGCAGCAGGUGUUUACAAGUCCCUAUUUGGAUUGGACUAUUGAACGAGUGGCUUUGAAUGCAAAAGUGGUUGGAGGUCCACAUGGAGACAAAGACAAGAUGGUGGCUGUUGCCUCAGAUAGUAGUAUUAUUCUGUGGAGCAUUCAAGAUGGAGGCAGUGGUAGUGAAAUAGGAGUAUUCAGUCUUGGAGUUCCUGUAGAUGCUCUCUUCUUCAUUGGUAACCAGUUGGUGGCCACAAGUCAUACAGGGAAAGUGGGAGUGUGGAAUGCUGUAACUCAACACUGGCAGGUUCAAGACGUUGUUCCUAUUACUAGCUAUGACACUGCUGGAUCAUUCCUGCUGUUGGGUUGUAACAAUGGAUCCAUAUAUUAUAUAGAUAUGCAGAAAUUUCCUUUGAGAAUGAAAGACAAUGACCUUCUUGUAACUGAACUUUAUCAUGAUCCUUCAAAUGAUGCAAUUACUGCUCUGAGUGUCUACCUCACACCUAAAACAAGUGUCAGUGGUAAUUGGAUUGAGAUUGCCUAUGGUACAAGUUCUGGAGCUGUAAGAGUAAUUGUACAACAUCCAGAAACAGUUGGCUCAGGCCCUCAGCUUUUCCAGACAUUCACGGUUCACCGAAGUCCUGUUACAAAGAUCAUGCUCUCAGAGAAGCACCUUGUAUCAGUCUGUGCUGAUAAUAAUCAUGUACGGACAUGGACAGUAACACGAUUCCGAGGAAUGAUUUCCACCCAACCAGGUUCUACUCCUUUAGCAUCAUUCAAGAUAUUGUCUUUGGAAGAGACAGAGAGUCAUGGUAGUUACUCUUCUGGAAAUGAUAUAGGACCUUUUGGAGAGAGAGAUGAUCAGCAAGUGUUUAUCCAAAAAGUCGUUCCUAUCACAAACAAACUCUUUGUAAGACUGUCAUCUACUGGAAAAAGAAUAUGUGAGAUCCAAGCUGUUGAUUGUACCACCAUUUCAUCAUUUACCGUGAGAGAAUGUGAAGGAUCCAGUAGGAUGGGCUCAAGGCCACGACGUUACUUAUUCACUGGACAUGCAAAUGGCAGCAUUCAAAUGUGGGAUUUAACCACUGCCAUGGAUAUAGUUAAUAAAAGUGAAGAUAAGGAUGUAGGGGGUCCAACUGAAGAGGAACUACUUAAAUUACUGGAUCAGUGUGAUCUGAGCACAUCUCGAUGUGCUACUCCUAAUAUCAGCCCAGCAACUUCUGUAGUUCAGCAUAGCCAUCUGCGUGAGUCAAAUUCUAGCCUUCAACUUCAGCACCAUGAAACCAUCCAUGAAGCAGCUACUUAUGGGUCAGUGAGGCCUUACAGGGAAAGUCCUUUGUUAGCCAGGGCAAGGAGGACUGAGAGCUUUCACAGUUACAAAGACUUCCAGACUUUUAAUUUGAACAGAAAUUCAGUGGAAAAAGUCCCUGAAAAUAGUCUCUGCCCAGUACAGGGAGAAAUGAAGUGGUCAGCGGGGGAGUGCAAUAUCUCUGAAAAAAAGUCUCCUGGAAAAGAAGCAAAAACUUCAAGAGAAUUAGAUGGUGGAAUUGAAGCUCAGAAAAUAGGUGAAGGUUGGGCAGAAAUCAAGAAAAGAGGAUCAGAGGAUGAAAUUGAAACCAAAGUAGAGAUGAAGAAGAAAGGUGGAUUUGAAGGGGGAGGGUUCCUUGGAAGAAAGAAAGUUCCUCAUCUGGCAUCAUCCCCAAGUACUUCAGAUGGAGGGACUGAUUCACCUGGUACCGCAUCACCAUCACCGACAAAGACCACCCCAUCUCCACGGCAUAAGAAAAGUGAUUCUUCUGGUCAGGAUUACAGCUUAUGAGAAAACACUAGCCAGUAUGGACAAUUAUGUCAUUGAAUAUUGAUGAAAGUUAAUUUAACUGGAUUUCAAUGCUGUUAAUUUUUACACUAAAACUUUACAACUUACAAUGGGUUUCAUUUCAGUAUCUUUUUAAGAGAAGGGAUUAACUGGAGCAAGGUGGUUGUUAACCAUGUUUUUCAUAUUGCUUAGUAACUCUUUGGAUUUAACAACACAAUAAACAGGGACAUUUUAAAAGCUAGAGUCCAAUUUUAUGUAUGUCAUUGUGUGGAAACAAAAUUCAAUAUUUAAGAGAACAGUGGCAUGCUAAUAUAGCACGAGUGUUCCCAUAAGGAGUGGAAGUUGGCAGACCUUGAUCUUAUAGUCAUUUUACCACUAAUUUGUAUUGAAAUUUUGGGCAUGUCACAGUUUUUUGGUGACCCUUGUUUCCUAAUCUGUCCAAUGUUUGAAAAGUACUUUGAGAUCCUUACUUGAAAGGUGCUAUGUAUGUGAAAAAUAUUACAGUAAUAUUCUAAUUAUUAAACACUUGUGAUGUCAAAUAAUACAGCCCAGCAUGUGGAACUUCUUUUAAAAGGGUAUUUGUGUCUUCGUGGUGGAAGUCAUUGUUUGAGUUUUCUCUUUGGACCUUUAUUUGUACUGCAAAGAAUGAACACUCGAAGCCCAUCUAGAGGCAGGCUCUUUAGAGCUGUGUUUAUGAUUUACAGUGAUUUGGAGCUGCUUUCAGUCAUUGUUUCUCUUCAGGUUCGAUGAAACCUGAAAACUAACUCAAGGGAAGUUUCUUGUGCCCGUGUGGGAAAGCUCUACUUAUUUUUUCUGUCUUGUUUAUAAACUCACUGUGGUUAUUUUCUCCCCAAAUCUAAUAAAGCUGAGAGACUUUCACCCUGGUUAUUUUAUUAGUUUAUGACACUGUGAUUUUGAAUAUUGAGUUAAUGCUUUUGAUUGCUGAAAAAAUGUUAUUUUUCAUAUAUUUGUCCUCAUAUUAAAAAGUACAAACAAGGGUAAUUUAUACUGAUUUCUUCAUUUUCCUUAACAUGAUUUCAGGUAUUUACAGAUACAGUAACUGUAAAUUUAAAAGGUAUUAAGCAUUUGUUUCAAGAUGCUAUGCUUAUUAAAAUUCCAGUAUAGUUGAUGUGUGAAGUACAAAUAAAUUCUUUGAAGGUUGCCAUGUUGUCAGUGUUUUCCCGUGAGGUUUUGAAUAUCAAGUUAAAUAAAAGUGAUCAGUAUAGCCACCUCCUAGUUAUUUACGAGCUAA